GGCUUCUCGGAGGCGGAGCCGCGCGAGGGGCGGGGACGAGGGCAAGAUGGCUGCCGGCGAGUGAUGCUCCCCGGGUUCCUGCAGGGCUGAGGAGACGCCGGGGCGGGGGGCCCGCUCGUGCUGCCUGCUGGCCUCCUCACCCCCGCCCCCGGAGGCCUCCUCCUUCCCGUCCUCCACCUCGGGGGCGGGCCAGCCUCCCCGGACACCAUGUCAGACUCCGAGGAAGAGAGCCAGGACCGGCAACUGAAAAUCGUCGUGCUGGGGGACGGCACCUCCGGGAAGACCUCCUUAGCUACGUGUUUUGCUCAAGAGACUUUUGGGAAACAGUACAAGCAGACUGUGGGACUGGAUUUCUUUUUGAGAAGGAUAACUUUACCAGGAAAUUUGAAUGUUACUCUUCAAGUUUGGGAUAUAGGAGGGCAGACAAUAGGUGGCAAGAUGUUGGAUAAAUACAUCUAUGGAGCACAGGGAAUCCUCUUGGUAUAUGAUAUUACUAAUUACCAAAGCUUUGAGAAUUUAGAAGAUUGGUAUUCUGUGGUGAAGACAGUGAGUGAAGAGUCGGAAACCCAGCCCCUGGUUGCUUUAGUGGGCAAUAAAAAAAAGAUUCCUGGGCCCAGAUUUUUUGGUUCUCUUUGUGGAGCUCCAUCCCCUCCAGUUGACUUGGAGCACAUGCGAACAGUAAAACCUGAUAAACACUUACGAUUUUGCCAGGAAAAUGGGUUUAGUAGCCACUUUGUUUCAGCCAAGACAGGAGACUCUGUCUUCCUGUGUUUUCAGAAAGUUGCUGCAGAAAUCCUGGGAAUCAAACUAAACAAAGCAGAGAUAGAACAGUCACAGCGUAUUGUCAGGGCAGAAAUAGUCAAGUACCCGGAAGAAGAUAAUCAACAACCCAGCUCUUCUCAGAGUAGAGUCUGUUCAGUACAGUAGUGCAGAGAGUGGUAAAGGCAGACAUUGUGAACUACAACCAGGAGCCCAUGUCAAGAACUGUUAACCCGCCUCGGAGCUCCAUGUGUGCAGUUCAGUGAGCACACACUGUAUUGAUAGUUCUGGCUGUUCUUUCCCUGGAAUAGACCAGGCUGUCUAGGAACAUGUUUUAUCAGUGACCAUCUCUGUAGUCAGCUCACACUUUCCUCCUGCUAAGCUCCUUCAUCCUUAAGUUGCCUCAUAGUAGUAGGCAGCUCCCCAGACUGGAAGAAAUUCAGCUUUGGGACCACACAUUUUGAAAUUGGAAUGGAGAGUCCAUUCUCUGGACUGAGCCCACCUCCUUGCCUCCUUGAUCCAGAAGAACCGUGUUGCUUCUUUAUGUCCUUACUUCUUUUCUCUCAGAUUAAAAAAAAAGAAAAUAACAAGAUAGGAAGAUGCUCCAAGCUUUGGUCAUCCUUUUCUAUCUGAACUUGUGUAUGUGAAAAUGUACUUCAGAGCACUGAUGGUGAAACAGUUACUCAAGAAGGUGUUUGCUUGCCGGCUACUAAGAGUACAAUAUACAAAGCUGCAUCUAAUUGAAAGUGCUUCAAAUGAGGCUGUAAUAGAAAUAUUUUUUCAUUUUUAAAAGGAGCCUAACUUGUUUAUAUUGUAGUUUAUAACUCACAAGUAGUGAGUAUUUGAUAUUGUAUUUUUAUUACUGUAUCAUGGUCAUUGCAUAUUUUAUCAUACUUGGUUUAGAUGACUUUAUGAAAUUGGAUAAAUGGUUCAGCUGAUCCUUCACAUGGAAUUUCUCGUACAGACUGCAUGAGAGUGCUUCCAGAUGAGUCAUGACAUCCUUGGAUCAUUGUGGAUCGAUCACAUUAUACCUGAUGUUCAGAUGUUUUUCUCACAUAAAUAAAUUUAUUUAAAUUACA